GGAUGGGUCAAAGAGAUGGAUAGAUUGUGUGAAGGCGUGUGUCCAUGCGUGCGUGUGUGUGAAUCAGGGGGUGGGUGCAUUAGUGCAUGUCAGACAGCAAAGAGAGCCGCAGUUAUCUAGGAAUCUGAGUCAAAGGAACCUCACUAACAGAGACAGGGAGAGAGAGAGUGAGAGGGGGAGAGUGCAAGAGUAACAGAGGGAGAGAGAAAUAGGAAAGAGAGAAGUGGAGAGGAUGAAAGAGGUAUGCAGAUAGAAAGACAGACAGAGAAGAAGUUGAAGUUAACACAGAAAUAGAAGAAGGUUAUGGGAAAAGUGUGGAGGAACACCAUCGAAGGCUUCAAACAAAGCAUCAAGCGGAGCAGAAACCCAUCAAGAACACCAAAAAAAUACUCAAAAGAAGAGCGUCACUAAAGACUUGUCGGCACCCAAGUCCAAGAGGCUGGCAAGGCAGAACAGCUUUAAGGUGAAAACCGGUGUCAGGGGGGACAGUAAACGGAAAAACACAGAGGUGUAGUGUCUGAGAGACUGGAUUCUGCCCCGAAUUCUGCAGCUUUUCACAUUCUUUUAGGAGUUUUCCCAUGUUUCCAUUAGGCUCUCUCGGCGUGCUCCCCCUGCUGUCCCUGUGUGUAGGGGCCAUGUUGUCCCCCCCGGAUGCACCUCCAGCCUGUCCCCACUGCAAGGACAGUCUGGUGGCCGCUCCACCUGCGAGGACAGGGUCAGGGGAGUGUGAGGGACGCCCCGGGAUGGCAGGCUGCAGGGUGGCGGUCGCCCCCCUGGCUGCCUCUGACCCCCCUCUGAGGGUGGAACACAGACAUGAAGCUCGACAGGUUCAGCCUGAGUCCAGGGAUGUGUCGGAGCGUCUGGUCCAGUUGCAGCGCUGUAUGAAUUCCCUCCAGGAGCCAGGGGUCCCCAGGGGCCGUGUAGGCCAGGGAGGGGACACGCUGGGGGCCAUUCUGGCUCUGAUGGCUGCAGUACUGACAGAGUGUGACCUACACUGUCACAGUCAGGCCCUCAGGGCUAUGGCCAGGCGACUGGAGGGGGCAGCGGUUGGGAGAGAGGGAGAGAAAGACCUGAUACUACUGUUGAGGAGCAUCACACAACACCCUCCAACAGAAUAUACAGCUGUAAGAGCGCAAGUGUGUGUUGCAGCGGUCCCCUCAGCGAGGCUGCAUCCUCAGGACUGUGCUGAGAUCUAUCGUUUGGGGAUCAAAGAGAACGGAAUCUACACCAUCCAGCCUGACCCACGCAGACCUGCAGUGGAGGCAGAGUGUGACAUGGAUACAGCAGGCGGGGGGUGGACAGUGUUCCAGCGUCGGCGAGAUGGCUCGGUGGACUUCAACCGGACGUGGCAGGAGUACCGCGAGGGUUUUGGUUCCCCACAGGGAGAAUACUGGCUGGGGAACGCAGCGCUGCAUGCGCUAACCAACACUGGUCAACACCUGCUGCGUAUACAACUGGAGGACUGGCACCAGCAGAAACGCCAAGCCACCUACAACACUUUCAGAGUGGCAGCAGAGGCACAGAGGUACCGUCUGACAGCACGGGAGUACUCUGGUGACGCGGGCAAUGCCCUGAGCUACAGCAAACGCUACAACCACGACGGCCGAGCAUUCAGCACCAACGACCGUGACCACGAUCGCUACACGUCAGGGAACUGUGCGGAGUACUAUGGUGCAGGCUGGUGGUUCGACGCCUGCCUGGCGUCUAACCUGAAUGGACUCUUCUACCGUGGGCGCUACAGCGGGCUGACUAAUGGCAUAUACUGGGGCACCUGGUACAUCCUGACAGACAUUCACAGCGGAGAGCGCUACUCCUUUAAGAGUGUGGAGAUGAAGACACGCCCACGCAACUUCUAAUGAAGACUGACCUGGGAGCUAGUAGAUAAACAUACCCAAACAUAAUUCUUUUUCAGGAGAUGGCCAUAAACAAUAACUGGUAAUGUUGCAUAGUUAUAGAAAGGUCUGGAUCUCACCUUUCGGUAAAAAAAAAUGUUAUAAAUUGCUGAGAUAUACUCACUUGUGAGGACACAAGCUCAAUUACAUAGUACAAAUAUUAUGAAAAUAAAAAACAAUAUUCUGAAA